AUGUUUCUUCGGGUGUCGGCUUUCUUACCUCUUCACCCCUUCUCCUACUUCCCUUUAUCUUAUGGGGGUGCGGAGGUAUCGGCUGCUGCGAUUCUGUUGCAGGAAACGAUCAGGUAACGCAUUUCAGCUCUGUUGGCCCCGACAAAAUAUGAUACUCAAAGAUAUUUCAGCACUAACCGCAUGAUCUGUAAUAAGAAAGAUGAGCAGUCUGCUACAAUCCAUGGCAUUUCUAAGGAAACGUCCAAGAGCAAAGACAGUGUAAAGGAGAACACAAAAAAAGACUUGUUAAAUAUUAUUAAGGAUAUGAAAGUUGAGUUAAGCACAGUAACUGUGCAAACAACCAAGCCACCCAACAGAAGAUCACUUAAAAGUCUGGAAGCUACAAUCGGCAGGGUUCAAAAAGCUAGAGAAAAUAACACAAAGAAGAGAAAUGAGCCCUUGAGUCCUGAGUUAGUUGCAGCUGCAUCAGCUGUUGCAGAGUCUCUCCCUUUUGACAAGCAGGCGACUAAAUCAGAGCUGCUCAGGCAACUCCGACAGCAUGAGGAAGCCUCGAGGGCACAGAAGAAUGGAGAGAGACAGAAAGUUAGUUUUAGUAACAUAAUAUCGGAUAUGAAAGUUGCCAAGUCUGCUACAGCUAGAGCUAGUAUGAGACCAGAGCAUCAGAUUCAGUUUGAUGAAGGGUCUGAUUUUGACCAUCAGAAGAACGCUGAUCUUAGAAAAAGGAAAAACUUAUUCAAGGGAAAGAGACUUAAUAUUUUUGAUAUGAAGGUUGCUGAAGAGGAACCUGAAAUAGAAACAUCACUUUCAAUUUGGGAUGUGGAAUUUGCUAAGCAGUUAGCUACAGUAAAUCAACAGCCCUUUCAGAACGGUUUUGAAGAGAUGAUCCAGUGGACAAAAGAGGGGAAACUGUGGGAUUUCCCAAUUAACAAUGAAGCAGGUUUGGAUGAUGAUGGUUCAGAAUUUCAUGAACAUAUAUUUCUGGAUAAAUACUUGGAGGAUUUUCCAAAACAAGGACCAAUUCGCCAUUUCAUGGAGCUGGUGACCUGUGGCCUUUCCAAAAACCCGUAUUUGAGUGUUAAACAGAAAAUAGAACACAUAGAGUGGUUUAGAAAUUAUUUCAAUGAGAAAAAGGACAUUAUAAAAGAAAGUGGCAUACAAUUCAAUUGA